AUGGAUGUAUGUGAUUGGGACAUAUGCUUUAUUUUUGCUUUACCUGGAUGGGAAGGCACUGUGCAUGAUGCUCGUGUAUUUGAUAAUGCUAUUACAGCUCCUACCAUGAAUUUUCCGCAUCCUCUUCCAGGUAAAUAUUAUUUGGUAGAUGCUGGUUAUCCAACACCGAAAGGAUAUAUUGAUCCAUAUAAAUGUGAGCGCUAUCAUCUUGCAGAUUUUAGGCGUUCUUCUGGAUUAACAAAUCAUAAUGAAAUAGUGUGUGCAACAAUGGCUAUUCAUAAUUUUAUUAGAAGACAUUCUGAAACAGAUACUGAGUUUAAUCAAUAUGAAUAUGGAAACAUUCUUGAUGGAGAAGAUAAUAGUUAUGUUGGUGAAAGCUUAUAUCAAACUGUAACCAUUAGCUCUUCUGCAGAAAUGGAUCGUGUUCGAGACUCGAUUAGGGAUCAAAUUAUUAAUCACAUGCAGUAG